AAUACUAAAUGCUGUAAACCUGUAAACCGGUAGUCAUGGAGGGCUGUACACAAUUCUGUGGACCGAUUUCUUCUUUCAAAGCCUUUCACGCUGAACAUCAUUGUAUCAAUAUGCAGAACAAUGGAGUAAUCGAUAAAUAGGAGAAUGUUCCUCUUUAUAAUCUUUUUAUGACUGAAUAGGGCUAUUCAGCUCAGACUCGGCAUCGUCUAGUUUGUGUUCAUGUCGAAUCAGAUUCGGCUCAUUGACAUCGUUGUUAACCGGGUGGAGCAGUGCCAUUUUUAAGCCAAGUCUCUCCGCCGCCCCCUCCGGCGUUCGCCAGUGCAGGAGGUCGAUAUGGAUGACCAGGAUGAGCAGAGAAAUUGAAAGAAGUUCUGUUUUUAUCAUCUUGGACUAGGCCUACUUCUACAUGUUCUAUGGCAUGACUGCUAGUGCGCAUUGCUAGUGGAUGUUACUCUGGCUGAAGCCUUUGCUAACGAAGGACAUUUUCUUAAUUUUGAAAUUAGGCCCUAGUCCUAGAGUAAAAUAAUUUUAUUUAGGGCCUAAAUCACUUGAGAAAGUUGAGUCUCGCGUCAAGACAAAUGUCAUUAAAUUCUGCCCUGGCUUGAGUUUUGACUUGAGUCUUUUUUUGAGACAGUAUCUAGUAGGCAUAGAUACAGGAUCUUUGAGAUUGCCACGUUCAUACUCGAACGGAAACAGUUGGAUGUGAUUGUGAACAAGCAACAGCACGCAACAUGAGCAACAACAGCAAGACCAUGGCAUGAAGACUAGAUUCUGAACUAAAAAGAGACAACAACAACAAUAUUUUCCAAGAUGGAAAGUCGUAUUUAUUUGGUAAUUGUAUGGAGGAAGUUUCCAUGUCACUUACAUCAGAAGACUGAAAACUGAGCCAAGGCCAAGCUGAGUCAAGAGUUAAGUGCCGUGGAACUGGUUGAAAAUUAAUUCGACCGCAGUCAUCAAUUCAGUAAAGACUAAAAGUGCAAUAAUAUUCAUCCAGAUUUUAACUUCAGGAUGGCUAAACAAACAGUCUUUAGUAAUUUGGCUCAGGGAUGUGGAUCGUGGGACGGUGAUUUGCAGAAAGAACUUGGAAAAAAGUCGAAGCUCCUUCCACACCGAUCUUUGGACGGCGAAUCCUAUGACCACCUUGAGAAAAGGGUCCACAUUCCAAUCCGCAUCAAAUCGCAACUCUCUCAGAUCAAAAGCAUCCUUCGAGAAGCAUCAAAGAGGUACCCGCAACACUCAAAGGCUGCAGAGCAAGGCUUGGCCGAUGUCAUCAAGCAGAAGACGGAAGGCACCGAGUACUCUCGUCCGCUUGGCUCGGUGAAGAACCGCCCUCGGACGGGCGUGAUCCGCCCCCACAAGCAGCAGCACCGGCCCAGCCUGGGCAUCGGACGCCCGCAUCGCCUUCACCAGCGAGCAAAGAGUGCUCCCCUCUCUCGCCCGACCUCCCAGAGUCAGACCUCGCCAAAGAGGAUAGACACAGCCUUGCCAAAAACGCUGACGACAAGGAAGGGCGCCCUCAUGAUAUUCUCAUCGCCCAAGAAUGUGGCGUACUCUGUGCCGGAGCAGAGGUGUUAUUACGUUGACCCAGAGGCCGUGAACCUGGAUGACUGGGCCUCUGACCUGCAGUCUUUCAAAAGAUUAACCCAUAGCGUGAUGCAAUAUGGAUCAGAGAUUGGUGAUGACUUUGAGUCUCUGGCUUCUGACUAUGAUACAUCUUGCUUCAGAUUUCUACGCAAAGAAGAAGAUGACGCUGGUGUGGAUUACAGAAUACAGCCCGGGGGUGAUUUUGUCUUCUACCUCAAAGAUUUAAAGACCAAAGCAGCUGUAAGGAGUGUUGUAUCAUCGCUCUCUUACGGCUCCACACCAAUACUCAAUGAAGAAGAUGAACCCGAUGACGCACUUCAAAGACUAGAUGAAGAUGAAGCUGAUGAUGUAGCGCAGGAGGAAGAUAGCCCCGCCCCUAAAUUGGAAUCGCGUCGCCCAUCAGGGAUGGAACACAGGAAUGAAGCGUGGGCGAGUCGAGCAGACACGCCCAUGAACUCAAGCGGUGCCGCUGAGGGAAGCAUAAGUGGAGAUAUGCGUCCUGUACCAAGAAGUCCUACUGCGCAAUCGGUGGAAUCAAAUUUGAUGACCAGACCGGACACUGCGAGGUCAACUAGGUCAGUUACAAGCCUUAGAUCAGGAACCCCACUGUCUCUCAAGGAUCUGACAGCAUCCUUGAAAUCCGGUGGCUACCUCGGUCGUCCAGUGAGUGCCCCGUUCCCGCCCUACUCCCCGCAUCCCCGGACCGCAUCACUACCGCCAGAAGAAGAAGAGGAGGAGGAGGAGAUGGAGGGGGAGGUGGAGGAAGGGGCUAGGUCCUUGAGCUCUCAUUCCCGGCAGUCCUCCAGGCCACGCUCUAGCCGUCCAAGUUCCAGGAGAACGCAGGGAAGCGUGGCACUUGCAGAUGAAGCCAUUGAUUCAGCUAGUGUUAUGAGCGACGGGAGGAGUUCAAGGGGGGCUGCUAGGAGCAGGAUGUCGUCAGCAGGGGUGCGCUCCCAGCAUGGGAUGGGGGACGAUGGUGGUGUGGAGGAAGGGGAAGAUGAUGAUUGGAUGUCUGAAGAUCUACCAGAGUUUGGGGUCGAGGACCUAGAACCCGAGGCUGGCUUGCAACCGUUGAGUGAUGAUGGUGGUGGAGAAGUGGUUGAAGGGGUGCAAGGUGACGCCCCUGCUGGUCCUCGAAGCCAAUCAAGGGCAUCCUCGGUGCCUCCCAGGGUAUACACCCCACAGACCAGGUCCUCUAGAAGAUCUACCCCACCCCCUGAGGGUGACGAGUGGCCAGGAUUGGGGGACAUUGGUGGAGGAGACGGGGAGGUAGCCAGGAGUAGACCGUCCUCGGGGGCGGCACGGACGAGCUCGGCCAAGUCGAGACAGUCAAGUCGUAGUAGACCUGGAACAUCUGGUUCAGCAAGGACUGUUGGCCUAGGUGAGGAUGACAUUCAGGAGGAGGAGAUGAUUCCUUCAGAAGAAUCCCAAGAACAACCUCCCCAACGGCAAGCUCAAGGACAAGGUGACGGAGACACUUUACAACUGUUUGGUGAAGGAGUCGGUAUAGCACAAGAAUCAGAAGAAAUAGUCAAGUCCCCUUCCGUCCCGUCAUGCCCUUCCACCAGCCAUAGUAAAACUGCACCUCAGCCGCUCAUCGAAGACCCACCCAAGCCCCCUACCCCACAACCUGUGAUCAUCACCCCAAAAGUUCCCCCACCAGUUGUGCCUCAGAUCCCCACCCCGCCGUCGACCAGAGUGAAGUCUGCUGUAGGGAAGGUCAAGGUCGAAGCAAAUGCUGAGGAGAAGAAGACGGCCAAGGUUGAUCUGAGUGGUUUGCAGAGCAUGGUGUCCAAGAAACCAACAGGGUCUUCAAUUCCUAAGGUACAUCCUGAGAAGAGAAGUCCAAGCCCCAAGGCCAAGAAAGGAAGACGAGGGAAGAAGGGCGGUGGUUCAAGCCCCAGUAGGAAGUUUGCCGGUGUAGAAUUUAUGGAUAACCCUCGAGGGAGCGCGUAUGACGGACCAUCAGAAGAUGAGAUUGCUAAGAUGAUACAGGAAGAGCUUGCUGAACAACUUGCCGAAGCUAACAUUAACCUCGAAGCUGAAGAAGAACCCAAGGAAGAAGAAAAAGAUCCAAACGACACAGACCGUUUGUCCGUUGCGACCGAUGACGAGGCUAUUGAAAAAGAGAUUAAACAACAAAGCAAGGUGGAGAAGGGAAAUAAGAAGUCCAAGAAACAGCUGGCCAAGGAAAGGGCUGCCCUCAAGGAAGCCCGAAGACAAGAAAAACAGCGAAGAGAAGAAGAGAGAAAAGCCCUGGCGGAGAAGAAGAGAGCAGCAGAGGAGGAAAAGAGAAGAAAAGAAUAUGAAGAACAAAGACAGAAAAUGGAGGCUGAAGAACAGCUUCAGGACGCUGAAGAAGAGGCUAGGAGAGCGGAGGAAGAGGAAGAGGAAGCAAGGUUGAUGCUCCAAGAAUCUCGGAGAGCCGCCAGGGAAGAACGAGAAAGAAAGAGGAAAGAGGAGAUGGAAAAGAAGAAACUGGAGAGAGAUAGACAGCGUGAGGAGAGAAGAAAAAUGGAGGAUGCUGCUCGACAGAGAGAACGUGAGAUGGCGGAACGCUUGGCGGACGCUGCAGAGAGGAGGCGCAUGAGAGAAGAGGCCGAGUGGGAGGCUGAGGAACGAGAGAGGGAAGAACGAGAAAGACGAGAACAGGAAGAAGAGGAAGAACAGAGGAGGAUGGAGCAGGAAGAAGAAAGGAUUAGGGAGUUGGAAAGACAGGCUGAGCAAGAGGCUCUGGAGAGAUUAUCCCGUGAGCGACGGGAGGCCGAAGAAAGAAGAAGACUUGCAAGAGGAGAGGCAGAGAGACAGAAAGAACUAGAGGAAAUGAGGAUGAAGGAAGGACUGAAGAGACUAGCAGAGGAAGAAGAGAAAGAGAGACAGCGUCAGAUACUCGCUGAGAAGAAGAGGCAGGAGGAACUUGAGAAAAUAAGAAAAAUUCAAGCGAUGGAGGAAGAGGCCCGUGCACGCGUCCAGAAGAAGCUCGAGAGCCGUCGUCUGUGGGCGUUGAGGCGUCGGGAGCGCAAUAAUGAACAGCGGAGCCAUCUUAACGGGAUGCGCUCCACCCAAGGCAUGACAAGACCAUGGGUUUUCAGCUACUAUGUACUAUGGCCGCGGGAGACUUACGAAAGGCGACUCCCUUCAAAGGAGAAGAAGAGAGGGUUCCGACCCCGCCCGAAGCCCCCUUCGGCGCCACCGCCGGCCGGGUCAGGAAAUGCGGCAGGACCAGUUUCUGGUCAGGUAACAACUGGAUCUUGAAAGUUCUGGAAGUCAAGAAGAUUUAGAGAAAUCCUGUGGAGAAGGCGUUGAGACUGACAUCAGCAUUAGCAAUGGAUAGCGAAUUUGAAAGAAGACUUCUGAUUGGGUCACGGUCAGUAUUUUUAACUAAAUGCGCUUUUAACAUUGAUAUUGAUUGGUCAGUCCAUUUAGCGAUUGAUCGCUAAUGUUUGUGUUACAGAGCUCUGGUUAUAACUGGAAAGCUUUUAAGUAUAUUCUGUACAAAUACACAAUUCCUAUAACAUAGUGUACUAUCAGGCAAUCAAAUUGAAUUAUUUAUUAUUAUUGAAUUAUUGUGUUGUUACAAGUGAUAGAGACAAUGCGCAAUUUUGUUCCAAGCUUUCAAUUAACAAAUAAAAGUGGAUUAUUUCAGUAGCUUUUUAAAUGUUUUUGCAAAUUUGUUACCAACUUAUUUUAAAGAAAAUAGCCCCUGUUCCCCAAAAUGUAUAGCUUUGCCAAAAUGUAUGACAAUCAUGCAUGUUGAGUGUACAUAUUUUUGUAUUUUGGGCAUAUGCAGGUAGGAUAAGUGAGGAAAUUUGUUCAUUUUGUACAAUCUUUCUGGUGACAAUUGUGUAAUCGUUUUCAUAGAGUAUAGUAGUGUAAUGAAGUCAAAUACAUCCACUUGUUAGCACUUAUGCAAUGAUUGAAUUUAUUUAUUUAUUAAAAGCAUUCGGUAAUUUAUUGAUAUUCCUCAUUCAGCUGGGAAUGCAACAGGCAUGAUAUUCUCCUGAGUAAAAUUGGAAUUCUGGUUUUUAAAUAAUUUUUAUUUCAGACUUAUUUAAUUUUUGAAAAUUCAUUUAUUUAUUUAUCAUUUUUUCUUUUUACGUGAAAUCCUUUCCCCAAGAACAUUCUCAUGCUGUUUUUUUUUUUACUGCUUUUUAAAGGCAAAUGAUGAAACUAUCAUGCAGACUCACCUUGAGAAAUCACUUUUGAUUUCUGUACUGUGCAAGAGCUUGUAACCCCGACUGGGGCGCCUCAGACUUUGUAAAUGACUUAGUGACCCUUGUCUAUUUUUCAGAGGGGAAUAUCAUGCCUGAUGUAAUUAUAAUUGCAAUCCUUUAGGUCAGACAAGCAGUCAUGUUUAUAUGUUAAGAUGUUGCGACAUAUGGUGAAGAGGAAGAGGUAUAGUUUUGUACAGUAUGCCUCGAUCAGAAGCAAGAUUUCUAAUUUUGAAAAAGUUGAUUCAUCCCUUUUGAGUGUGUGUAUAUAUUUAUAACGUGUGUAUAUAGGUCCAAAUGUCUUGCUGUGUCUUCACAGACUUUGCUCUUGUUAGCUGUUUUUUCUGUAAAAAGAGAAAAUUAAGAAUUAGACGAAAUCAUGCAUUCAUUUUCUUAAAGGAUGUGAGAACUUCUGUCUAUGAUUGCCAUGAUCAAAUAUGAUUGUUUACUUGUUUACAAAUGUAUAAUUAAAGUUGGCCUAAAUAUAGACAGUUUAUUGUAUUUUGCUUUUUAAGACCAAUUCUAAGUUGCAAUAUAUUUUUAAUAGAUAUUGUUAAGUAUUCCACUAUGUCACACAUUUGUAUAUUUUGUAAGAUCAAAUUUUGAGACGAUCAAUUUGAAACCAUUUAUUCUUCGACAUUUAUAAUAUAUUUUUUUAUUUUGGAAUGUUUAUUUUGUUACUAUGUUUUGCACCCAUAAGUUCACAACACCACACACCUGUAAGAAAUACACUUGGGCCUUGCUGCAUUGAACUCACUAUCAUAGUUUUUUCCAUCCUGUGUUAAAGCUACAUUCGAAUUCUGGUAUAGAAAUCUAAAGUCUAAUAGGAAAUGGUUAGAGCAAUCCUAAAGUGUUGAAUGUAAAUUAUUCAGGCAUGUUUGAAAUUAUAUUCAUUUCAUUACCACAUGCUUUUCCUAACUGUUUAGCUAACACAGGAAACAACAUAUGGGACUACUCUAUAAAUGGACCAGCAUUUUUAAAGUAAUUUUACUGAUCUUCAUUUGCUCAUUACUCCAUGAUUAUGCAUUUUCCUAAAAAAAGAAUAAAAACACUCGGCAGAUAAGUUUUUAUAUAUUCUGAGCACAUUUUAUUUUCUGUUACCAAUACCACAGUUGUUUCUUUUACAUCUUUAAACUGUGGUAAGUUUAUAGUGUUGUACCUUUUUUGCAGCUGGCUCAGCUUUUGAUAACAAUCCAUUGAUAUAUAUCUGGUGCUGUCACUUUUAUGAACACAUCACUUGUGCCUUUUAUUGUAAAUGGUGCCUAGCUCUUGUUACUAAAGCAGUAUUUCUUUUGGAAAUUCAAUUGCAUUGUCAGUAUAUUGUAAACACCUGUACUUGAUAUACGACAUAUGAAUAAUUACUCCUGCCUCUUUUCAGACAGUUUUGUCAACAGGCUAGGGACCUGUUUCACAAAGAAUUAUGAUUGUGGUCACUUUACUAUUGUGAAAACUACCAUGGAAAUCUUGAUUUAUAUUGUACUUCAUGCGAUUGUUAUGUUUGCAAAUAUGUGCAAAUCAGUAGCAGAACAUGCAUUAGUAUUCUGAAGUGCCUUUCAUAUAUUUUCAUGCUUUUUUAUUAUUAGGGUAAACUAUACACAAUGUUUCAGGACUAUUUAAGAAAAGGGGCAUUCUAAAAAUAUGCAUUGAAUUGCAGGGUUUCCACAGUCUUGGAAAAUCCUGGACUGAAAAUUUGUGGUCAUGGAAAUUCAGGGAAUUCUGAAAAUUUGUGAAGUCAUGGAAUCGCAUUUUCCUCUUGGCAAUGGCAGCUUUGUUGUGUCUCGCAACUCUCAUACUCUGCUAUUAUAAUUGGUGUUCAUGAUUUCCAUUUUUCCCAGUUUUGUAACACCCCAAAUUCUACAUAUAACUCCCGGGGAGUCAUGGAAAGCAGCAAUUUAGUCAUGGAAAAGUCAUGGAAUUCUGUUUUCAAAUUUCUGUGGGAACCCUGAAUUGGCUCUAAACAAUCAUUUGGUGAUUUCAAGUUUGGUGUUGACAUUUAGGUUUUGGACCGUUUGUUGAAACAAGGUUAAUGAUGAUGAUGAUGAAGAAGAAGAAGGAGGAGGAGGAGAAGGACUGUGUUGAAUACACCAACACUGAACUUGAAAUCAGAUGUUGAAUGAAAAAAGGAAUAAAAGUUCUAAGCAGCAUUCAGCAUUAUUUCUGCAUAUUUGAUAUUUACAUGAAUGACAUAAUUUUGUUGUUGUUUUUCCUGUCUGGAAGCCAUAUUCUUGAGCAAGUUUGAGCUUUCUUUGCCCUCAGUUCUGCCGUAUAUUUCAUUCAUUGAAUCUUAAAUGUCCUGUAAGUUAUCAUGGUGUGUGUGUGUGAUCGUAUUAAUGUCAGGAAGUGUAUAGUAUGAACAAUUAGCUCAUUCAAAUUUAUGUGUCCGGAGGUAAUCUCAAAAUCUUGAGAUACCAGGUUUUCAUAGCCCACCGAAUUGUCAUUUGGUAAACAGAAAUCUUUUUGUUAUGCUUAUAUGAUGGUAAUAGUGUUUUUAUUAAAUAAGCCCAGAGUUGACAGAUAUCCCAUUUUAGCUUCGUUGGAAGCAGUUAUCAGGAUCAUUUCAGCAUGGUAUAAGGAACUCGUAAAGAGUGUGCUAUCAUUCCAAUUUCUUAUGAAACAAGAAAUAUCCCAUUGGAUGAACCUUGUUUCACAAUGAUUUGCGAUAAAUAACAAAUUUCAAACAACAAUUGUGAUUGGUACUAAGAAUUUCACAAUCAUUCCAAUCCGACAGGUGUUUCAUAAAGCUGUUCGUAAGUUAAGAGCGACUUUAAGAACGACUGAUGAUCCUUUCUUAUGGUAAAUGAUAUUCACCAUUAAUGUUCAUUUGUGAUUAUUUAGCGCGUAAGAAAGGUUCACCAGUCGUUCUUAAAGUCGCUCUUAACUUACGAAGAGCUUUAUGAAACGGCCCCCAGGUAUGAAACAAAAUAGAAGCCUAUUUAUAUGCCUUGCUUGCAGCUCAACGAUUUGUGUUCAAUUAUGUUUUUCAAACACGAAUUGCGAUUGGAUAGUGGUAGGUGCAUGAAUGUUCAACAGUCUGUGUAACCAACAUUAAUCUUAAGUGUCAUGUUGCUAUCAAAUGCAAACUUCUGUGUUACUAGUCCAUAUAGUGAUUAAAGGGAUGAUCGAGGCAAAAAAUAUUUAUAUCUAAGUAAAUAGAGUAAAAUUCACUGAGCAAAAUACUGAAAAUUUCAUCAAAAUCGGAUAACAAAUAACAAGUUUAUUGAAUUUAAAAGUUUAUAGAUACUUUGGGAAAACAGUUAUAUGCACAUCGUCAUGAAUAUUCAUUAGGUGGGCUGAUGAUGUCAUAUCCCCACUUUCCUUUUUCUCAUGUUAUUACAUGAAAUCAUAAAUGUUUCAUUUUUUCAUACAUGUGUAAAUGAUGUGUCUCCUUUAUGAUGAAAUAAGUUGCGGCAAUAAAUAACUAAUGUAUUUAAUCAAUUGUCAAUCCAAUUGUUUUAGAUCUUGGUAGAAAAAUCUUUAAUAAACCUAAUUUCAUAUAAUAAAAUACAAAAGAACAAGUGGGGAUAUGACAUCAUCAGCCUACCUAAUGAAUAUUCAUAAAGACAUGCCUAGAACUGUUUCACCAAAAUAAUGCAAAUCUUUAAAAUUCAAUAACUUCGUUAUUUGUUAUCCAAUUUUUAUCAAAUUUUCAGCAUUUUGCUUUGUGAAUUCUACUCUACUUAUUGAGACAUAAAUAUUUCUAGCCUUGACCAUCCUUAAGUGCACUUAUUAACAUGUAUACAUUGUAUAACUCUACUUGAACAACAGCGUUGAAUUGUGCAACAUCUCUGCUACGUGUGUGUGAUUGUUGGGUAUUAAUAAAUUAUUUUCAUUUUGAGGUUGUAGUAUAGUUUGACAAAUGUACAUUAGUUCCUUUUGUGUUAAUUUGAUGUUAAUAGUCUUGCCUAAUUGCUGUGUUUUGUACUUGGGGAAUUGCCAAUCCAUCAAAAUAUAUAGUGUAAUUGUAUGUUGGUUUCACUAUAGAUGCUAUGAAAAUAUACCACACAAUAUGAUGAAAUGUUUAACCCCAAGUUUAUUGUGUUAUAUGUAAGCCUUAUUUUUUUCAUGUAGAACAAAGAAUAAGAACAAAAAACCAAUAUCAUAGAAAUCUCACUUCAAUAUUUGUAUUUAAAUUUUCUGAAUGGAUUGAUUUAAUGUUUAUUUUGUAGGAGUCCCUCUUUUCUUUGUGACAAAUAAUUGAAAGUGUUUUGGUACACCUUUGAAAACUACAUUCAGUUUGUAUCACACAUAUACAUGGAGAUAGCUAAAACAGGCGUUAACAUAAUAAUUGUUGAAAGAGGAACUUUCCAUAUGUCCGUCCAUCACUGUCCAUUAUUUCAUGUGCCUUUUUGUUUUUGUGUAGAGGCAAUCAAUGAAAAAUAAAAAAAAAUUGCACAUUUUCACAAAAUAA